CCUUAUUCUUCUUAAAUUCUUAUCACAAGAAAAAUACAGGUAGCUUCAAUGGAAACCAGCCUGAAAACCAUUCUUUUACUCUCCUAAAAGUGGUUUCUAGUUGACCCUUUCCCCGAAUACCCGAUCUUUGCCUCUAAAAAACCUGCAAAAUCAAGUCAGAAGUCCAGAGCGUGAGGAAUUAAAGAACAAUGUUUCAGCCUAACAUGUUUGAGAGUCACCACCAUCAUCAUCUUCUGGAUAUGAGCCACAAGUCACCAGAAAAUCAGCUUGAUAUGCUUAGAGAUGAUGACUAUGAGAGUAAAUCCGGGACUGAUAUCAUGGAAGCUCCCUCAGGCGAUGAUCAAGAUCCCACUCAACGUCCCAACAAGAAGAAACGUUACCAUCGUCACACUCAACAUCAAAUCCAAGAAUUGGAAUCGUUUUUUAAAGAAUGCCCACAUCCAGAUGAUAAACAAAGGAAGGAACUUGGAAGAAGGUUAACCUUAGAGCCUUUGCAAGUCAAGUUUUGGUUCCAAAACAAAAGAACUCAAAUGAAGGCUCAACAUGAACGCCAUGAGAACUCAAGCCUUAGGAACGAGAAUGAGAAGCUCCGAAUGGAGAACAUACGAUACAAAGAAGCCCUCACCAAUGCCACCUGUCCCAACUGUGGUGGUCCGGCAGCCAUCGGGGAGAUGUCAUUCGAUGAACAACAUCUGAGAAUCGAAAAUGCUCGCCUCCGUGAAGAAAUUGAUAGGAUAUCUGGAAUUGCUGCAAAAUAUGUUGGCAAACCAAUGCUAAGUUACCCUAAUCUAACGCAAAAUGGACCACCUCGCUCUCUUGACCUACCAAUUGCUAGCUUUAGUCCACAACCAGUAAUGGUGGAUGACAUGUUUGGAACCAGCAACCUUCUCCGGUCAGUUUCAGGUCCUAGUGAGGCCGACAAGCCAGUUAUAAUUGAACUAGCGGUUGCAGCCAUGGAGGAGCUAGUAAGAAUGGCACAAUCUGGUGAGCCUUUGUGGGUUCCAAGCUCUGAUAACUCAUCAGAAACCUUGAAUGAAGACGAUUAUUCGCAAACGUUUCCUAGAGGCAUUGGACCCAAACAAUUGGGAUUGAAAUCUGAAGCUUCAAGAGAAUCUGCUGUUGUCAUCAUGAAUCAUAUCAAUCUUGUUGAAAUUCUAAUGGAUGUGAAUCAAUGGUCGAAUGUGUUUUCCGGGAUUGUUUCAAGAGCUAUGACUCUUGAAGUCCUUUCAACUGGAGUGGCUGGAAAUUACAAUGGAGCACUACAAGUGAUGACUGCCGAGUAUCAGGUUCCUUCGCCACUCGUUCCAACCCGAGAGUACUAUUUUGUUAGGUAUUGUAAACAACAUGCUGAUGGGACCUGGGCUGUGGUCGAUGUUUCCUUGGACAACUUACGCCCUUCUGCAAUGUCAAGAUCUAGAAGAAGGCCAUCCGGUUGUUUAAUUCAAGAACUGCCCAAUGGGUACUCAAAGGUUACAUGGAUUGAACACGUAGAAGUCGAUGAUAGAGCCGUUCAUGACAUCUAUGGGUUAGUAGUGAACUCUGGUCUAGCAUUUGGGGCAAGACGUUGGGUCUCAACUCUUGAUAGACAAUGUGAACGUCUUGCAAGUGCAAUGGCUAACAAUAUUCCAGCAGGCGACGUUGGAGUUAUAACGACACUAGAAGGGAGAAAGAGUAUGUUGAAGCUGGCUGAGAGGAUGGUAUUGAGUUUUUGUAGCGGUGUUGGAGCAUCGACAACACAUACAUGGACGACUUUAUCUGGAAGUGGUGCGGAUGAUGUUCGUGUUAUGACCAGAAAAAGUGUCGAUGAUCCCGGCAGGCCUCCUGGUAUUGUGCUAAGUGCUGCUACAUCAUUCUGGAUCCCUGUUCCACCAAAACGAGUUUUUGAUUUUCUUCGUGAUGAAAACUCGAGGAGUGAGUGGGACAUCCUUUCAAAUGGUGGAUUGGUUCAAGAAAUGGCACAUAUUGCCAACGGUCGAGAUCCUGGCAACUGUGUCUCGCUUCUACGAGUCAAUAGUGCGAAUUCAAGCCAGGGGAACAUGCUCAUACUUCAGGAGAGUUCAAAUGAUUCAACGGGUUCGUAUGUUAUCUAUGCUCCAGUAGACAUUACAGCAAUGAACGUGGUGCUAAGUGGAGGUGACCCUGAUUAUGUUGCGUUACUACCAUCUGGUUUUGCUAUACUUCCUGAUGGACCUGGAAAACAUCAAGGAGGAAGAAUUCCAGAGGUCGGAGAUGGGGGUUCUUUACUCACAGUUGCAUUCCAGAUUCUAGUCGAUUCGGUUCCUACUGCAAAAUUAUCGCUGGGCUCAGUUGCAACGGUUAAUAGUCUUAUUAAGUGCACUGUUGAAAGGAUCAAAUCCGCAGUGGUGGCUCCUGAGAAUCCAUAACCAUCCUCAUCGUUUUUUUUUUAUGUCUGUUUGAUUUGUAGGGUCGCAUCUAUUGGAUGAGAUGAUGGAGGAUUUAGGUAGGCGAUGUUUACUCUUAUCCUUUGAAACUAACGAAAGAAGUCAAGAACGAACCUAGUAAAAUCCUUUGGCGUUUGGUGACAACAUAAAAGAAUGUGUUUUUCGUCAUUCAUCGAAGGUUAUGGGUUCGGGUAUUGACUUUGCCUAGUUUACUGAAGAUUAUUGAGUAAACUAAAACCUUAUCGAGUGAUUUUUAGUUAAAACUCUUCAGAUUUAGGGUUUUUUGAGUUCUUUGUUUGAAGUGUGGUGUGUUAGAAAUGUAGUCUUAUAGCAAUUGCUCCUAACAACUUUGCCUCCUUGCAUCUCAUCUUAUUCUCUUAUGAUAAUAUGAUCACUUUGGG